CAGAGCCGGGAAGCCUGCCGGCGUUGGAGCGGCAUCCCCUGCUGAGCCCCAAGCGCCGGGUGAGAGGAAGGCGCGCGCCCCGACAUUUCGGCCCCGUUAGGGGGCCGCCGGUGCGUUGCCCCACAUCCCAGCCCAGGACCCGGCUCCACACCCACCCGGCCUCUGCUGCCUCCUAGGUCCGGGGGUGCCACGUGUUCAGCCUCCCAGCCCCGCCCUAACGAGCCCCUCAGCCAGGCCAGCAGCCAGAUGCUGGGGCCCAUUGGGCAGGCCAGUGGCCUUCUGCGGGAUGAGCAGACUGCUGGGGCGGACGCUGGAGCGGGUCUGCAAGGCUGUGCUCCUUCUCUGCCUGCUGCACUUCCUUGUGGCCGUCAUCCUCUACUUUGAUGUCUACACCCAGCACCUGGCCUUCUUCAGCCGCUUCAGUGCCCGAAGCCCUGCCCAUGCCCUCCACCCAGCAGCCAGCAGUAGCGCCAACUGCUCAAGGCCCAACACCACUGCCGCCAGUUCCGGGCUCCCUGAGGUCCCCAGUGCCCGGCCUGGCCCCACGGCUCCAGUUCUACCACCCUGUCCCGACGUGCCGCCUGGUCUUGUGGGCCGACUGCUGAUCGAGUUUACCUCACCCAUGCCUCUGGAGCGGGUGCAGAGGGAGAACCCAGGUGUGCUCCUGGGUGGCCGCUAUACACCACCAGACUGCACUCCAGCUCAAACCGUGGCAGUCAUCAUCCCCUUUAGACACCGGGAGCAUCACCUACGCUAUUGGCUCCACUACCUGCACCCCAUCUUGAGGCGGCAGCGGCUGCGCUACGGUGUCUAUGUCAUCAACCAGCAUGGUGAGGACACCUUCAACCGGGCCAAGCUGCUCAAUGUGGGCUUCUUAGAGGCGCUAAAGGAGGAUGCUGCCUAUGACUGCUUCAUCUUCAGUGAUGUGGAUCUAGUUCCCAUGGAUGACCGAAAUCUGUACCGUUGUGGUGACCAGCCCCGCCACUUUGCCAUUGCCAUGGACAAGUUUGGCUUUCGGCUGCCCUAUGCUAGCUACUUUGGAGGUGUGUCAGGCCUGAGUAAGGCCCAGUUUUUGAAGAUCAAUGGCUUCCCCAACGAGUAUUGGGGCUGGGGCGGCGAGGAUGAUGACAUUUUCAACCGGAUCUCCCUGACUGGGAUGAAGAUCACACGCCCAGACAUCCGGAUAGGCCGUUACCGCAUGAUCAAGCACGACCGGGACAAGCAUAAUGAGCCCAACCCUCAGAGGUUUUCCAAGAUUCAAAACACGAAGCUGACCAUGAAGCUGGAUGGCAUUGGGUCAGUGCGGUAUCAAGUCUUGGAAGUGUCUCGGCACCCUCUCUUCACGAACAUCACAGUGGACAUUGGGCGGCCCUCAUGGUUCCCUCGGGGCCGACACUAAUGGACAGAGGCCCUCAGUGCCCUGCUAGUAUAGAGGGUUGCCUGCCAGAGGACUGACCUGCAGUGUGGUGGACAGCUGCUCUGUGGGAGAACUCCAGGACUGAGACUAGACUGUUUUCUGGCCAGCUGCACCUAGAAGUUUCAGAACCUACUUUGAGGAGCUUCUGGCCUAGGCAGGCCCCUCAAGUGUGGCCCUCUCGGGGUCAACCCUUCUUUCUUCCCCCUUUCCCUGGAGCCCAGCCCUCCUCACUGUUAGGGUUGGGCCAGCCCCUGCACUGCCUCGCGGAGUGACCUUGGGCUAGGUCACUCCACCUCUCUGUGCCUCAGUUUCCCCCUCCCCCUGAGUCCCCUAGGGCCUGGAAGGGUGGGAGGUAUGACUAGGGGGCAGUGUCUCUUCCAGGGGGAAUUCUCAGAUCCGGGGAAUCCCCCAUGCUCCCAGGGGAGGGGAAACCUUUUUCAUUCAAUAUUGUAGAGGGCAAGCUGGCGUGCCCCUUUCGGAGGAGCAGCCCCAGGAGGGGACCAGAGUGGGGGCUGUGUUGCUGCCUGGGGUCGUGGGGUUGGCCUUUGCAUGGGGGGACAGGUGGGGCUUGGAUCAGUAGAUGGUUCCGGUCUCCCUGCCUCAGAGGAGGCCGAAGCCCCAGGACCGGUUCAUGUUUAUCUGUUGCACAGAAACUUGUGUGGGUGCUUUAGUAAAAAACGUGAAUGGAGCA